AGAUAAGGAGUUGCGGUGUUCCGCUCAACUCUCUUCACACUCAGCGACACUGCAACCAGAGCAGACCUAACCUCUCCACAGACCAGCCAUCCAUCCGUCCACCCUGAACAGGACAUGAGCCUUCACAACACACUCUGCUGCCACGAAUGACCCUGCUCCCAUCCCUAUCCAGAGAGAGCACGGCUUGGCAGCAACAACUGGAAGUCUGCCAGGAACCCCAUUUCAACAUGAUGGACAUAGUCAACGGGAAGAAGGAGGACGACAGGAUGAUGGAGCAGGAGAGCAACGAGGAGGAGUCGGAGGCGGAGUCAGAGGAGGAGAAGGAGGAGGCGAAGGAGGAGAGCCCUGGGAAUGAGGGCUCGGCGGGCAGGAAGAGGAGGAGACCCAGGAUGGUGGGAGCCCAGCGUGUGAAGGUACGGCGCAUGAAGGCCAACGCGCGCGAGCGCAGCCGCAUGCACGGGCUGAACGAGGCCCUGGAGGAGCUGCGGAAGGUGGUGCCCUGCUUCUCCGGCGCCCAGAAGCUGUCCAAGAUCGAGACGCUGCGCCUGGCCAGGAACUACAUCUGGGCGCUGUCGGAGCUGCUGCAGGAGGGGCAGGGCUACCAUGGCUACCAGGGCCACCAAGUCCCAGACCUGCUGCCCUUCAUGCAGGCUCUCUGCCAGGGCCUCUCCCAGCCCACCUCCAACCUGCUGGCCAGCAGCCUGCAGCUCAACCCCCUCACCUCUCUCCCAGAGCAGGCUCCAGAGCCCCACUCCACCCUGGCACCACCCCCACAGCCGUACCCCUACCCCAGCCCUCCGUACAGCAGCAUGGACCUCCACCAUACCAACACCAACCUCUACCAUGCCAAGGUCAACCCCUACCACAACCUCGGCAGCACCCUGGAGACGUACUUGGACGUCGGGGAGUUCUCGUCUGGCCCCGCCCCCUCGGGCUAUGACCCGCCCCUGAGCCCGCCCCUCAGCUUCAGUGGAAGCUUCAGCUACAAGAUGGAGGCGGAGUUAGACCAGAGCCCUGCCUUCUCGGCCCCGCACACUCCCGACCUGGGGCCGCAAGCCUCUCGCCGCGACGUCGUAGACAGCCCCCCACAACGCUAUGACGUCGUCGAGAGCCCCUCUCUGCAGUAUGACGUCAUGAACAACGCAGGGCUGGCGUCGCAGCGUCUGCUCAGGGCUCAGCUCGCCUCGCUCCUCCAGGAGUCCUGAACACACACAAGGACCAACGGGAGCGUCGAUGGACGGCUAGACGACAAGAAGGAUGAACAGAUGGCUGGAUGUGGGUCAGAUGGCUGAGCGGUUAGGGAGUCGGGCUAUUAAUCAGAAGGUUGUUGGUUCGAUUCCCGGCUGUGCCGAAUGACAUUGUGUCCUUGGGCAAGGCACUUCACCCUACUUGCCUCGGGGAGAAUGUCCCUGUACUUACUGUAAGUCGCUCUGGAUAAGAGCGUCUGCUAAAUGUAAAUGGAUGUAUAUUUUCACUAAGCUCUUCAUGAGGACUUUUGUACGACUCGUGAAUUUUUGUGGAGGAUUUCUAAUUGGGAUGGCUGGAUCGAUGAAUGGACGAAUUGAUGAAUGAAUUGAUGGAUGGAGUGAUGGAUAGAUGAAGAGACAGUUCUGGACUCGAAUAAGCAGGAAUGUAGCAUUCAAGAAUUGUUUGGCCUUAGAAGUACUGCUAAUAAAGCCAUUUGGAUCAUGGA